CGCCCCCCACCUCCGCCCCGCGCGCUGCUGCGCUCGGCCCUCCCCUCCCUCUCCCGCCGUCCGCCUUGUUCGCGCCUGAGCUUGCGGGUCAGCAAGAGCCUCCAGCGUGAGCGUGCGGCUGCAGCCCCGGCCACCCAGCCCUCUCCCCCUCUUUUCUGCCUGUCUGCCUCUCCUCCCUGUCGCCGUCUCUUCCUCCCGCGCUCUCGGUCUGUGAAUCUCGACCUUCAUUUCUUCCACCCCGCCCUGCCGGGUCCCUCGCGUGCCCAGUCACCAGGCCGCGUGGGCCCUGCCACGCCUCCUCCCCUCCCCCAACCGCCACCCCCUCCCCGCAGGCCACACGGGGGCCGCAGCUGGGCCUGCUUGGCCUGGAGCCCGUCUCAGCGCCGACACUUCUCCAGGUCAGCGGGCCUCCGACCCGCCGAGCAAAAUGGGAAAUGAGGCAAGUUAUUCUUUGGAAAUGUGCUCAAACUUUGGUGCAGAUGAAAUUAAAACGUUAGGAAAAAGAUUUAAGAAGCUUGAUUUGGACAGUUUUGGUUCUUUGAGUGUGGAAGAGUUCAUGUCUCUGCCUGAGUUACAACAGAAUUCUUUAGUACAGCGAGUAAUAGAUAGAUUCGACACAGAUGGGAAUGGAGAAGUAGAUUUCAAAGAAUUUAUCCAGGGAGUCUCUCAGUUCAGUGUCAAAGGAGAUAAGCAGCAGAAGUUAAGGUUUGCUUUUCCUAUUUAUGAUAUGGAUAAGGAUGGCUAUAUUUCCAAUGGGGAACUCUUCCAGGUGUUGAAGAUGAUGGUGGGGAACAAUCUGAAAGAUACACAGUUACAGCAAAUCGUAGACAAAACCAUAAUAAAUGCAGAUAAGGAUGGAGAUGGAAGAAUAUCCUUUGAAGAAUUCUGUGCUGUUGUAGGUGGCCUAGACAUCCACAAAGAGAUGGUGAUAGAUGUGUGACUCUUUUUAAAGAGUACCACCCAACACUUUUGCUUUCUUAUCCAUCUCUGAAGAUCUGCUCAAGAUGCCCAGCAAUGCUCUCUGUGUAUUUAAAUGGAAGUAUUUUUCUCUGUGAAGCCACGUUUUCCAACAUGAGCCUCAUGAAGCCAACCAAGUGUUAUUGAACUUACUCUCUGAAUAACUCAGUGUAGCACUUUAAAGUCUGAAGAACAGCAACAUGAAAAGAGCAUAUCAGUGUGGUGGAGAAAGGGAAGGGGUUGGCUUUUUAAUUUAUUUUUCUUCAUGUUUUAUAACAAGAAAGUAUAUAUACAUAUGUAAAUAUUUAUAUGUAGAUAUAUGUAGCUUUCUAGUAUGUAGCAGGUUGCCUUUAGUUUAAUAUACUUUGAUUCAGAAACAAAAUAGAGUAAAAGUGCCAAGCAGAACAUAAAACAUCCUUACUUUUAUUUCACACAGUUUUUUUGUUUGUUUGUUUGUUUAUG